AUGCAGAAAACCAAUGCGUCUCAUGGUCGUCCGAGAUCAGGCAAUCAACCCAAAUCAAACAAACCUAAUGAUGGCCAUAGAGGCGGAUUUAAAGCAAGCAAAAAAAGCUUUAGAAAAAGGCCAUCUCAUUUUCCACAUAGUCCGGCAAGUAACGGGCCAAAUGGGAGAGCUACAAGCGUUCCAUUGGAUGAUAUGGCUAAAGACAAUGGUAACGGACAUAAUGGCGAUCGCAAGCGACAGAAAGUGGGGAACAGCAGGUACAGUGGGUCCACAUUUGCAGAGACCGGUAAUAGCAGGUAUUCGAAUCCACCAACUAAAAAGUUGAAGCAUGCAGAUGACAAAAAAAAUAGGGUCAAAGCUGCUGCAGGGGGUCAUUCCAGGUACAACCCGGGUUCUACAACGGUUAAAGUGGCGCCUGUGACGAUCGUAGUACGAGAACGUACGUCGUCCGUGUAUGAACGUAUUCAACAAGUUGGUGAGGGUACAUAUGGGAAAGUUUACAAAGCAAAAAACACAUUUACCAACGAGCUCGUGGCUCUUAAAAGACUGCGACUUGAAGGCGAACGAGAAGGUUUCCCGAUCACCUCGAUUCGAGAAAUUAAGCUUUUGCAAAGUUUCGACCAUCCCAAUGUCAGUACGUUGUCUGAGAUAAUGGUCGAGUCGCAGAAAACCGUUUACAUGAUCUUUGAGUAUGCGGACAACGAUCUUUCAGGUCUAUUGAUGAAUGAACAAAUCGAACUUACCGCUGCAAAUUGCAAGCAUCUUUUCAAAAGCCUUAUUGAGGGCAUUAAUUAUCUGCAUUCCAACGGCAUUUUGCACAGGGACAUCAAGGGCUCCAACAUACUGAUAGAUAACCGGGGACACCUACGCAUCACGGAUUUCGGACUUGCUCGUAAAAUGAAAGAGGAACCGGAUUACACGAACAGGGUCAUUACUCUGUGGUACAGACCGCCAGAGCUUUUAUUGGGCACCACGAAAUACGGACCCGAGGUCGAUAUGUGGGGGUGUGGUUGUCUCUUAGUGGAAUUAUUCCAAAAAACUGCAUUAUUUCAAGGUACCAACGAGUUGGAGCAAUUACAAGCCAUCUUGGCUCUAAUGGGCACACCAACUUUAGAACAAUGGCCCAAUUUAUUCGAGAUGCCCUGGUUCUUCAUGAUGAUCCCACAACAGUCUUGCCAAUACCCUUCAAUUUUUGAAGAGCGAGUGGCACCUAUACUUCCCUCGCGUGCCUGUUUCGAUCUCGCGAGAUCGUUGCUGCUUUUCAACCAAGCCAAACGUCUCAACGCUUCUGACGCCUUAAAGCAUCCAUAUUUCCAAGAGGACCCAAAACCAGAACCUCUCGAUCUCACUGGUUUCACGGGCUGGCACGAAUUCGAAGCCAAAAGACAUAGAAGGAAAGAGCGUGAAGAACAGAAAAGACGUGAGAAAUCCGAAUCAGUAUCCACAUAA